UUUACACCUGAUGAGCCACCGCCGUCGAAAAAAUCGAUACACUUUGUUGACAGCUCACAGUUUUAGUUUCACGUGGUUCUGUUUGGUAUUUUAAGUUGUAUUUACAUCAGGAAACUCAGGAAUCAUGGCUUUAAAACGUUUAAAAACAAAAAAGUCCAAGCGUAUGACGGGCAAACUAAAGCACAAAAUUGAAAAGAAAGUCCGUGAACACAAUAGGAAAGUGCGUCGUGCCGAAAAGAAGAAUCCCAAGAAGGGCAGUAAGAAACAAAAGCUAAUUCAAAUUCCAAAUAUAUGUCCUUUCAAAGAAGAUAUCCUCAAGGAGGUGGAGGAAGCCAAGAAACGUCAGGAAGAGGAAAAGUUGAGGAAACGCGAAGCCAUUCGCUUGGAAAGAAGUCAGAAUAAGUUUAAAACUUUGGAAGCCUUGGCCGAUGAUGCUGAUAUGCGUGGUACGGUGCACACAAUAAUGCACGAAAAUGAUGUUACCAGUGAUGAGAAACAAUAUAAAGUUUCCGAUACCAAGGAGCAAUCGUUGAAACAAUAUUUCAAAGAAUUCAAAAAGGUUUUGGAAAAUGCUGAUGUUGUUUUGGAAGUUGUGGAUGCACGUGAUCCUUUGGGUACACGUUGUACGGAAGUUGAACGUGCCGUUAAGGCUGCACCAGGCAACAAACGUUUGGUGCUCAUCCUAAAUAAAGCCGAUUUGGUACCCAAAGAAAAUUUGAAUGCUUGGUUGAAAUAUUUUAGACGUUUGGGCCCAGUAACUGCAUUUAAGGCUUCUACACAAGACCAAAAUACAAAAUUGGGUAGACGUAAAUUUCAUCAAAUGAAUUCAGAGAAGGCCAUGCAAGGAUCAAUGUGUGUUGGUGCAGAACUGUUGAUGUCUAUGUUGGGUAAUUAUUGUCGCAACAAGGGCAUUAAGACAUCGAUACGUGUUGGCGUUGUGGGUAUACCAAAUGUGGGUAAAAGUUCCAUUAUCAACUCUUUGACUCGUGGCAAAUCAUGUUCCGUUGGCUGCACUCCUGGUGUGACGAGAGCUAUGCAAGAAGUCGAAUUGGAUUCUAAAAUUAAACUGAUCGAUUGUCCUGGUAUUGUCUUUGCCAACUCUGCCAAGAAUGAUAAUAUGCCUGCAGUCCUUAAAAAUGCACAGCGUGUGGGUGAUGUCAAAGAUCCUUUCACAGUGGCUGAAAGUGUGUUGAAACGUGCAAGCAAAGAAUAUUUCUGUAAAUUAUAUGAUAUUACCGAAUAUGAUACGUUCGAGGAGUUCUUUGCCAAGAAAGCAGCACGUAUGGGUAAAUUCUUGAAGAAAGGUGUUCCCGAUGUUGUUGCGGCUGCUCGUAGUGUUCUAAACGAUUGGAAUACAGGAAAGAUUAAAUAUUGUACACAACCUCCAGAGGUAGCAGAAAAUAAUGAUGUCCAUGUCAGUGCUUCCAUUGUACAUGCUGAGGCACGUGAAUUUGAUGUGGACAAUUUUGAACAAAUGGAAACGGAUAUUCUUAAUAAUUUCGAUGUAAAGAAAGAUGAUGUUAUGGAAAUUACCUCCACCGGUCCAGUUGAAUAUAAGCCAAUGGAUGAUGAAGAUGACACAGAAGAAAAGGAAGAUGAAAAGAACACCAUUAUCGAUGAAACUGAGGUACAUAGUAAACGAAAGAAGAGGAAACUGGAUGAGGAUGAUAAGAAGGAAAAACAUGAUCCUGCCUUGGAAUUAGAGGGUAAUCAAACACUUAACAAAAACAUCAAAGAACUUAUGAAGAAAAAGAAGAAGCAAGAAAAGAAGGUUUCCAAAAUUGCCGAUGUUUUGGACAGCUUUAGCAUAAGCACAAAAACCGAUGACAAAUAUGAUUUCGAUGAGGACUAUGUAAUUGAUGAAUAAUCUUCUAGAUUUUCUGGGGUAUUUUAAUUGGAAAAAAUUAGUUUUUGUUUAUUUUACUAUUGUAUCGAAAUUUAUUAUAUAUAUAGUUAUGUAUUGAACAAUACAUACAUUAUCUAUAGUACAUAUUUAAGAUUUUGUAAAGCUUUAGUGGACAUAAAGCAAAUACAUUGAAAAAAAUUAAAACAAAUUAAAAA